AUGCUGCCCUUGGGACUGCUCCUCCUCUCUGAGGCCUUUCUUGCGGCGGCAGUGGUCCCGCAAACCUUCUUCCCACCCGCCGUUCCUCUCGCUGUGCGUUCACCGGCUUUGAACACAUGGCUCGAUACGAGGGGUGGAGGGAAUCCGAUGACAACCUGGCCAAACUUUUGGAACGACCAGCAUAUUGACGGCUGGGCUGGUUACAUUCGCGUCAACGGUGUCGCAUACCACUGGCUGGGGAGUCCCGUACCCGGAAAAGCUGCGACGUGGGUCUCGACUUCCAUAACCCCGACACGCACCAUUCUCAACAUCAUCGCGGGCCCCAUGGAUCUCAACGUGACGUUUCUGAGUCCUAUCGAGCCAGCCGACCUUGCCCGACAGUCCUUCCCGUUUAGCUAUGUUUAUGUCGAUGGGGUCUCGACAGACGGGCAAAUUUACAAUGUGCAGCUCUACGCCGAUAUCAGCGCGGAAUGGGUAACGAAUGGCAUGGGUACAGCAAUCAACUGGCAGACCCAACAAACGUCCAAUGCAGUCUAUCUGCAAGUGCAGUCGACCUCGCCAUCGUCCAUAUUCCAAGACGUGCCGGAAGAUUCGACUGCGUUUCAUGCUAUCGCUUCAAAUCAGCCUGGCCGACAGACCGUCAUUGGCACGGAUGUGCAUGUUCGGCCCAUUCUGGCUACCAACGACACUGCAAUCACACUGACCUCUGACUUGACUGAUACCUCGUCUGGGCUAGUAAACAACGGUGGCAAGUUCCCCAUACUCGCGCAUAUGGUGGACUUGGGCAACGUGAGCACGAUACCGACUGUGGCUUGGGCGGUGGGUGUGUUACGAGAUCCAGUGGUGACAUACGAUAAAGUCGCGAGGCAUGGAUAUUGGUGGUCGAAAUAUGCGACCAUAGGAGAUGCGAUAAAUGCCUUCAUAAUCGACUUCCCUUCUGCCAAAUCUCGGGCCAUUGCCCUCGAUCAGAAGAUUCUCUCUGACGCAGGCGCUGUCUCCACCGAAUAUGGGGACAUCAUAUCGCUGGGGCUUCGCCAGGCAUUGGCCGGGAUCGAAAUCACUGUCUCAAACAACCUCAAUGGGAUGGGCGGGUUUAAUACGAGUGACGUGUUGGCGUUUAUGAAAGAUGUGGGGAACACCCAGCGGGUUAACCCCACGGAAACCAUAUAUGCGCUGAUGCCUGCCCUUGUAUACCUCAAUUCCAGUCUCAUCGGGCUCCUCAUUGAGCCGUUACUGCGGUUCCAAAGCUCUCAUCUUGUUGGCUACGCCGCCCCAGAUUUAGGGUCUUCCUAUCCAACGGCGCCGGGAAAUACCGCGAACACUAUGGGAGUUGGGUUAGAGCAUUCCGGCAACAUGAUAAUUCUCGCACUAGCACACGCUCGGGGCAGUGGAGAUGGGUCUAUACUUGCACGAUAUUAUACUCUCUUCCAGUCUUAUGCCGCCUUUCUCACGAACCACACCUUUGGUCCCGAGCAGCAAUCGGCGGACAGCACUGAGCCUAUACUUCAUCAAACCAAUGGCAAUAACACAAACCUUGGAGUCAAGGCCAUCGUCGGCCUCCGGGCGAUGGCGCAAAUCAGCGCAGCAAUUGGUGAUACAGCAUCGCAAAAGAGCUAUACGGACACCGCCCAGCGUCUUACACAAACGUGGACUUCAAGGGCAAUGUACUCCGCUGGUUCAACAACCGGACUGGCCUGGGAGUAUAACCAGGGAGCUACCUCGGGCCUGAUGUAUAACCUCUUUGCGGAUCGGUUAUUGGGUCUUGGCGCUUUUCCAGACUCAGUAUACCAGGUCCAGGUAUCACAACUGUCAAACACCGGCCCUUUCGGUGUCCCUCUCAGUAGUGACAGCAACUCUAUAACGCGUUCAGACUGGACUCUGUUCACUGCCGCGGCUAUUUCAUCUGUCUCGUCGCCCACGCGCAACACAUUAAUAUCUGGUGUUCGAGCACGAGCAUCUCAUAACGAGACCAAUGGCACAUUUGCCAACAUUUACAAUUACCAAACCGGCGCGGGUGUCGCGCAAGGAGCCUACCCGAACGGAUUUGCGACCCCCGCGCAAGGUGCUAUGUUAUCCGUUCUGUCCCUUAGGUUGUACCCAACAAAACUAUCAUUGUUCCGUCAGGAAUUACUUCCCUUCACAGCAACGCCCGUCCCCAGCAAGGCCAAUGUUGGUGCCAUUGCCGGCGGUGUUAUUGGCGGGAUAUUCAUCCUCACUGUAUUUGGCAUCGCCCUAUUCUUCUUCCUGCGGAGACAGAGACGGCGUCGAGAAGACGAGGGAGGGUGGAAUGACAAUGCUGAACGAAAUACGACCGUGCCGCGGCCAUGGCGCCCACCACCGAGUUUGCCCAGUCUUGAUGCGACGGGCGGUCGGACAACGCAGGGUUCUACGAAUAUGUCGGGGAGGUCUCCGGAAUCCACGGUCCCCGUUUCGAUAGGGCUCCAGAGUAGCAUCCCGCCCCAGGGGCGGUCGUUUGUUCCAGGCCAGACAACACCCCUUCCAUUUGCCAUGUCCCACGAAAAGUCUGCGCAGAUCCUCGAGCGCGACCGGCUGCUCAACGAAGAGCCUGCGUCGGACUCGCAAUACGCGCAUUCACGAUCACAGCCAUCCAUCAGCGGGAGUGGGAGUGGGGUCACGACAAGCGGGUCCGGGACGGAGGAGUUGCGGUCCGAGCUGGCGAAUCUCAGGAGAGAGAUGGCACAGUUGCGGGCCCAGACCGAUGCCCCGCCUAUGUAUCAGUAG